AUGAAUCCCGAGUACGAUUACUUGUUCAAGCUCCUGCUCAUCGGCGACUCGGGGGUUGGGAAAUCGUGCCUGUUGCUACGAUUCGCCGAUGAUACGUAUACGGGGACGUACAUCUCCACGAUCGGGGUGGAUUUCAAGAUUCGCACUGUGGAGCUGGAGGGGAAGACGAUCAAGCUUCAGAUUUGGGACACCGCGGGACAGGAGCGCUUCCGAACCAUCACGUCGAGCUACUACCGAGGCGCGCACGGGAUUAUCGUCGUCUACGACGUGACCGAUAUGGAGAGUUUUGAGGCGGUGAAGGGUUGGUUGAACGAGAUCGACCGUUACGCGAACGAAAACGUGAACAAGCUGCUGGUGGGGAAUAAGAGCGACUUGACGAGUCAAAAGGUGGUCGAUUACGCCACGGCGAAGGCUUUCGCGGAUGAGAUUGGAAUUCCGUUCAUAGAGACGUCGGCGAAGAACGCGACCAACGUUGAGCAGGCUUUCAUGACCAUGGCGAACGAGAUUAAGAAUCGCAUGGCGAGCCAACCACAGAUGAACGCCGGACCGCGAGGCAACACGGUGCGCCCGGGCGAAGGUCGCAGCGUCAACGCGAAGAGCUCUUGCUGCUAG